AUGCAACGGGCCGCAGAUAACGCAGACUCCGCUAUGGAGGCAUCAGCGGACGCCGGUCCUCCGCCUCCUGUUGCAGCUACGUUCGCUGUGGCGCUGAAACUGCCGGACUUUUGGCUCCAUGACCCCCCGUCAUGGUUCGUACACGUGGAGGCUCAGUUCGCCCUUCGCGGCAUCUCGGCUGACGACACGAAGUAUCACCAUGUAGUGGCCUCGCUCGACCCGCUGGCCACCCGUCGCGCGAUGACGCUCCUCCGGGACCCACCCGCUCAAGGGAAAUACGCCGCCCUUAAAGAGCUGCUUCUUCGGCGCUAUGCCCUCUCCGACGCUGAACGAGCCGAAAAGCUCCUCAACCUGUCAGGCUUGGGUGGCGGUACCGCGCUCGAGCUCAUGGAGGACAUGCUAUCGUUGCUCGGGUCGGAUGACGGGGGAUUCCUCUUCGCCCACCUCUUCCUCCGCCAGCUACCGGCCGCCGUGAGAGCUGUCCUCGCAAACUCCCCGCUUCUGCCUGCGAAGGAUUAUCGCUCCCUGGCUGAAGAAGCGGAUCGCAUUCUCCUGGCUGGCCGCACUUUCAACGUUCACGCCCUGGCUAUGGACUCGCCGGCGGCGCCUUCCACGCCUCCACCUGCCUCCCCGGGGCAUCCGCCCCUUGCUGACGGCAGGGAUUGCUACACGCCGGCACCGCGGAAAGAACAUCUGUUUCUACCAUCAGCGUUUUGGCGACAGAGCGCGUCGCUGCCUGCCGCCUUGCGCUUUCACGGCCCAGGGAAACGGACCCGCCAGCGCGCUGUAGCAGCCGCGACCGCUGGCAAUACAGAAAGGCUGCUCUUCAUAGAGGACUCGCGCUCCGGGAGACGUUUUCUCGUGGACUCCGGCUCCCAGAAGAGCCUCCUUCCCCCUACCGCUGCCGACGGACUAGCAGCGAACUGUGGGCCGCAGCUCCUGGCAGCUAAUGGCUCUCCCAUCAAAACGUUUGGGGAAAGGUUGGUGACUGUUUGUUUUCAUGGCCGGGAUUUCCAGUGGAACUUUGUUGUUGCCGCUAGCUCUGUACCUAUUUUAGGUGCUGAUUUUCUGUGCGCUCAUGGACUGCUUGUCGAUGUUGCUAACAGAUGUUUAAUUGAUGCUCUCUCGUUUUCUUCGCUACCCUGUUUUACUCGGGCUGCCGAGCCCCUGAUUCGGGCUAAUGUAGUGACCUCCGGGGAUGCUUUUCAGCGUUUGCUUUCAGAGUUUCCAUCGCUGUCUGUCCCUGAUUUCUCUGGCACGGUAACGAAGCAUGGGGUUGAGCAUUAUAUUCCCACGGUCGGGACCCCGGUGUUCGCGCGCGCGCGCCGCCUUGACCCCGCGAAACUGUCCGUCGCUCGGGAAGAGUUUGCAGCCAUGGAGCGCCUUGGCAUUGUACAGCGUUCGAACAGUGCAUGGGCCUCUCCGCUUCACAUGGUGCCCAAAUCGGACGGUCGGUGGCGGCCAUGCGGAGAUUUCCGCCGUUUAAAUAAUGCCACGGAGAAUGACCGUUACCCCAUCCCCCACAUUCAGGAUUUUUCUGCCAAUCUUGCCGGAACGUCGAUUUUUUCUAAAAUUGACUUGGUGCGGGGGUAUCACCAAGUUCCUGUGCGCACCGAAGACGUUCCUAAGACCGCUGUCAUUACCCCCUUCGGCUUGUUCGAGUUUUUGCGCAUGCCGUUUGGCCUGAAAGGUGCCGCCCAGACCUUUCAGCGGCUGAUGGACUCAGUUUUGCGUGGGCUGCCGUUCGUUUUUGUUUAUCUGGACGAUAUAUUGGUGGCCAGCUGCUCAGCGAGCCAGCACGAGUCCCAUCUGCGCCAGGUUUUCCAGCGUUUGGCAGCGCACAGCCUGAUCAUCAACCCUUCCAAGUGCCAGUUUGGGUUGCCUGUUCUGGAUUUCCUCGGGCACCGCAUUUCCGCUGGAGGUGUGGUUCCGUUGCCCGACAGAGUCCAGGCCGUUUCAGCUUUUCCGCGCCCCACGUCGGUUAAAGCGAUGCAGGAGUUCUUGGGGAUGAUAAAUUUUUACAACCGCUUUCUCCCCAGAGCUGCCCACCUGCUACAGCCGCUCUAUGCUGCCUUAAGAGGUAAAACAGCCAAAGAUCCGGUUGACUGGCUGCCGGAACGCGUCCAUGCGUUUUCCGCAGCCAAGUCUGCGCUGGCUGACGCCGCCCUGCUGGCACACCCGCUUCCGUCGGCGGAGAUCGCGUUGACCACCGACGCGUCCGACGUGGCAGUGGGUGGGGUGUUGGAACAGCGGGUUUCAGGUCUCUGGCAACCGCUCGCCUUUUUCAGUCGUACGCUCCGGGAUGCCGAACGCAAGUACAGUGUUUUUGACAGGGAGUUGCUGGCCCUGCACCUCGCCACACGACAUUUUCGUUUUUUCCUCGAGGGUCGCAACUUUACUGCGUACGUUGACCACAAACCUUUGACGUUUGCGAUGUCCAAGGUCUCUGACCCAUGGAGCGCACGCCAGCAGCGCCAGUUGGCGGCCAUUUCAGAGUUUACCACAGACAUUCAGCACGUGGCUGGUAAGUCCAAUCACGUCGCUGACUGUCUGUCACGUGUGUUGGCUUCUCCGGUGUAUGUCGACAUCGACUACGCUGCCAUGGCCGCCGAGCAACGUGCUGACCCGGACAUCCUGGCCCUUCAGUCAACGAAAACAGGCCUCGUGCUGGAGGACACCCCGGUGUGGGACGGCGGUCCGCACCUUCUUUGCGACGUUUCCACCGGCCGCCCCCGCCCAGUGGUUCCCCUUUCAUGGCGUCGUCGUGUUUUUGACUCGGUGCAUGCCCUCUCUCAUCCCGGCGUCCGGGCCUCGGUCAAGCUGGUCAGCGCCAGGUUCGUUUGGCCGGGCCUUCGCAAGACGGUGAAAGAAUGGGCAGCGGUUUGUAUCCCAUGCCAACGCUCGAAAAUCCACCGGCACACACAGGCACUCGAACCUUUCCGUAUCCCCGGUAGGCGUUUCGAUCACGUUCAUGUGGACCUGGUUGGUCCCUUGCCGCAGUCACAGGGUUUCACGCACCUUUUGACUGUGGUGGACCGCACGACCAGGUGGCCGGAGGCGGUACCCCUGGCGUCCACGACAGCGGCGACGGUGGCCAGAGCAUUUUUGUCGACGUGGGUUUCACGUUUCGGUCCCCCUGCUGACAUUACCUCAGACAGGGGCCCCCAGUUUGUUUCUGAGCUUUGGUCUGCCAUGGCUGACGGCCUGGGGGUCAAGGUCCACCGCACCACAGCAUACCACCCGCAAGCUAACGGGAUGUGCGAACGGUUUCACCGGUCUCUUAAGGCUGCGCUCCGGGCUUCCUUGACAGGUGGCGACUGGGUCGACCGUCUUCCGUGGGUUUCUGGAUUGCGUAGCGCGGUUAAAGAAGACCUCGGGGUUUCCCCGGCUGAACUGGUCCUCGGCCAGCCCCUCCGGGUCCCCGGGGAAUUCUUGCCUGAGAGCCCUCCCCCAUGUUUUGAUGCCUCUUUGUUGCCUUUUCGCCCCCCACGAGACUCAUUUCCUGUUCCUGGUCCUGUGCACCACUGCCUGCCUGACACUUUUGUUCCGAGUUCGUUGGACUCUGCUCGUUUUGUUUUCGUCAGGCACGAUGCCCAUAGGACUCCGCUGCGUCCACCAUAUGACGGGCCAUACAGGGUUCUUAAACCAGGCAACAAACAUUUCAUUUUGGACUUUGGCGGUCGGCAGGAGGUUGUCUCGGUUGACAGACUUAAGCCUGCACAUGUUAUGCAUGAGGAUCAGGUGGUUCCGGCCCAGGCCCCUCGCCGCGGCCGCCCACCUGCCACCGGGCUGAUGGGUUCUUUUUUUUCCCCCAGGAGCGACCCACAAUCAAUGGAGUCCGAGUCGCCUGCAGCUUUUUCUGACCGCCAGUGGCAGCCUCGCUUCCGGGCUGGGUUGCCCUCUUCACGCAGUCAGCAGCAAGACAACAUGGAGGUCAGAGCUCCCAGCAUCAAACUGCUGAUGAAUUUGCUGUUGCUGUUGGUGACAACAGUCAGAUUUGGUGAUUUCCAAAGACAUGAUUCAGCUUUUCCUCAGGUUGUUCCAAAUAGACAGCAGUUCUUUGAACUAGAGUCAAUUUCUAUUAGCUGUGAAGGACUGAAUGGACUGACUGGAUGGAGGGUGAUGAAAAAGACAAAGGGACAUGUUAGACAAUGUGCUUCUACCUGGGAUACAUCUACUGGACCUUGCAAUAUUAUUAAUGCUUAUCCAUCAAGUGACAGUGGAGAAUACUGGUGUGAAAUGGGAGGAAUCCAAAGAAGCAACUCUGUCAACAUUACUGUAACUGGUGGUCCUGUGAUCCUGGACAGUCCUGUGAAUCCUGUAACGGAGGGAGAUAAGAUGACCUUACACUGUAGAAAAAAGGACAAAAAUUCUAACUUCACUGCUGAUUUCUAUAAAAGUGGCAUCUCCAUUGGCCAUAGUCCAACAGGAAACAUGAUGAACCCCUCUGUUUCCAAAUCUGAUGAAGGAGUCUACAAAUGUAGCAUCUCUGAUACUGGAGAAUCAGCAGAGAGCUGGCUCAUUGUUAGAAGUCUGGGAACUCGUGCUCAAACUGAAGAGAGUUACUUUCACCUGUACCUGGAGCUCUGCGUUGGUGUCGGUGUUUCUAUGAUGGUUCUACUGCUGCUUCUGGCAGGCUUCCUUCAUUGGCUGAAAUAUCAACAAAACAUCCAAGGUCACACUGAAGAAAUGCCACUGACGCAAAGUAAGCGUAAGUAG